CCUAUUUAUGUUUACAUUAAAGCAUUAAAGCUGCUGCAUGACUACAAGGGACAUAAUAUGGUAAUAAUACUAAUAACUUAUAAUAGUUUUAUAUACAUACUGUAAAGCUUGGAUAUAUUUUGAGCAUAAAGUGUACAUCGCCAUCGACGCCAUCAUCGUCGCACGCUUGAGACUUCUUUGACAUGGAAUUCACGGUGAUUAACUCUGACGUUGGACGGUCUGGCAGAAUCGAUUCGGAUGCAUUGCCGACACGAAAAUUCGAACACGCCGGAUGCCUAGAUCUCAGUUGUUCGAAUAUUCUACACAUAGCCAAUUUGUGUUUGAUAUCGUCCACUAAUCUUACGUCGUUAAAAUURCCGGUCAACCGUAUUGAUAAAAUUUGCAAUCUCGAUUCUUACACAAACCUUGUCGAAUUGGAUCUUUCUCACAACUAUAUUAAGCAAAUCGAAAAUCUUGAGGUAAUUCGAUUAUCAAUUUUUAGGAAGAACGCGUUUUUAGAUGGAAUUCCGGAAGGUGAAGAUGUCGAUUUCAACGUGAGCGUAUUCCGUAACGUGACCGUGGAACAAGUUUUGAUAGAAAACGGCCGUUACGGGAUCCAUAACGUUUACAGAGGAUACGCAGAUGACUUUAGGCGACUAAURACCGAAAUAACAGAAGCUGCAGAGACUAGCCGCAUUAUCCGAACCAGACUGGUUGAUGAAUUCCAUGGCGAACUACGGAGAUUGAUCGACGACGGCGUGAACGAAAGCAGAAAGUGCGUUUCGGAAUUCACCGAGCACAAGAAACAUGUAAAAUGCGGUUUAUCGGCUAGUGGCAAUGACAGUGUAAGUCCAUUGAAGAACGUUGACGCCGAGUACGAACGGUUUAGUGAGAGGACGCAAGCAGCGUGGCUCACACUCAUGGGCCACGAGGACAAAUUGUCUAGGAAAAUAACGAAAAUGAUUAGUGAAUUGCGGGACGUACUCGAAAAGCAGAUAGUCGAAUUUAAGCARUUGGUCAACAACCGAUUUUGUAUUUUGCAGAGACAUCAAAACAAAUUCCUACAGUUCAUUUUAGAGUAUGCAGUUUCUUCGGUUCAAAGCGACGACAUAAACAGUAGAAUUAGCAGAGUGUCACUGUUCACAAACGAUAUUUCACAAUGUAUGGAAUCACAAGCCUCUCAGGUAGAACGCGCUGAAUUAUACAUUACGAAAAGUGCUUCCAAAUGGUUAGACAAUGUGUUUGAAAAAUUGAACAGUGAAGAAUUCCAAAGAAAUCGUCAGAAGAUAUCAGAAAUCGCAACAUUUAUCCGUUCUCAAAACGAAACAUUGAAACAAACCCAGUCUCAGCAGUUAUAACAGUUUUAUAAUGUUAAUUAACUUCUGUUUUUGAUUUAAAUGAUUUAAAUUUUUUUUUGUUUUCAAUUAUA